GGGUGCGUGGGUUCAAUAUCAACAGCCCCCGCGCGCUUACGGGACGUCCGUCACAUCUCACGCGCGCUGCAGGUGCGUGGAAUCCGGUGAGCGUCUGUGGCGAACGCUCCGCCCCUGUCCACGCACACGAUUGAAGAAAAGUCGCGGUCGAAAGUUGAACUACGUUAGUGACACAUUUCAAAACUCGAAAGCUGUGAAAGAGGGCAGCACGCGCUCCUGUACUUUCUACAAUGUCUUCAGAUGAAGAGCGCUCGAUGGCGGGGGGCUCCGGUAACGGAAAGUUGCGUCAGUGGCUGAUAGAGCAGGUGGACACCGGAAAAUACCCUGGACUCGUGUGGGAGAACGAGGAGAAGAGUAUCUUUCGGAUUCCGUGGAAGCACGCGGGUAAACAGGACUACAACAGGGACGAGGAUGCGGCGCUCUUCAAGGCUUGGGCACUAUUCAAAGGCAAGUACCGUGAGGGUAUCGACAAACCUGACCCACCAACCUGGAAAACACGUCUUCGAUGUGCUCUUAACAAGAGCAAUGACUUUGAGGAGCUUGUGGAGCGCAGUCAGCUUGACAUAUCAGACCCAUAUAAAGUGUAUAAGAUUGUUCCGGAAGGAUCCAAAAAAGGAUCCAGAUCUCUUGAAGAUUCACCGUCCAAUUCAAGCUCACCCAGUUAUCCAGUACACCCACCUUAUCCACCAGCAUCAUCCCAGGUGUGCAACUAUCUUUCUCCAGCAGACAGAGGAUGGAGGGAUUACUCCACCAUCUCUGAGAUCUCUUACAGCCAGAGCCCCUACUCCUCACGCUGGGACCCAGGGUACCAGUUCAGUGGCUCUUUCUACAGUUGCAAUGCAUCUGAUCCACAACUGUCACCCUUCACCCUGGACACCAGCAUGAGAUCUGCUGAGGCUAUGGCCCUCUCAGAUUACCGUUUACAUGUGGUGGUGUUUUACCGGGACACUCUGGUGCAAGAGGUAACAGUGAGUAGUCCAGAGGGCUGUCAGCUGGGCCCUAGCAGACAGGGACAGGCCUACGCUUCACCUGGUGCCCCAGAACUGGUUGAACUCCCUCAUGCUGAAGGGGCAUCUCUGGAGCGGGGCGUUAUACUCUGGAUGGCCCCUGACGGGCUCUACGCCCGCCGCCGCUGCCCCUGCAGGGUGUACUGGGAGGGAGCUCACGCACCACCUACCGACAAGCCCAACAAACUGGAGAGGGAACAGAACUGCAAACUGCUGGACACUCAUCUGUUCAUUACAGAGUUGCAGAGCUAUGCCUUGCACACUCGUCCUGCGCCAUGCUCCCAAGUGCUGCUGUUCUUUGAGGAUGAGAGCACCGAUACUCAAAGACCAAGAAGGACCUUCACAGUGCAGGUUGAGCCACUGUUUGCCCGCCAGCUUCUUUUCCUCACCCACCCUGGCAGCAUGAACUACAUCCGCAGCCAUGAGCUUUCACACCUGCCCCCUGAACACACCCUCUCCCCGACCCAAGACUACCACAGAGUCAUCACGCAUCACCAUAACAAUGGCCCUCAAAACUGACCUUGGCAGCUCGUCACGCCACUUUUAAUCCUGGAUUAACAUCUUGUUUAACCCAGCUUUAAAGCACGUUUUUAUACUGGGUUAAAGGGAUAGUUAACAAAAAUAAAUAAAAUAAAGUUUUUGUCAUCAUUUACUCACCCUCAUGUUUUUCCAAACCUGUAUGACUUACUUUCUUCUGUGGAAAAUAAAAUAAGGUAUUCUGAAGAACACCAAAUAACCCAGUGACUUCCAUUGCAUGUUGAAAAAAUAAAUAUUAUGCUUUUAUGUUCCACAGAAAAAAGAAAGCCAACCAGGUUUACCAUUAGUAAAUGAUGACAGACUUUUCAUUUUUGGGUUAAGCUACUUUCACACUUGUAAUUUUAGAAGGGGGUUAGCACCACUUCUGACCCAGGGUUACAAAGCCUUGCUUAUGAACAGAUGAUGGACAAGUUCACCAAAUGCCAUACUUGUCCAAUCAAUAUGCAAACAGGAAUGUCAACCCAGGCUUUAAAUAUGUACAGUGAAAAAUCUCAAAAACCCAGGACUAAGCAAUAACCCAAGGUGAAGUUUAAACCGGGCUGUUAACCCUGGGUUAACUGUAAAAACCACACAAGUCUUGUAAGCUAAAGUGUAAAAGGUGAAUGUUGGAAUUCUACUGUGCACAUAGAGUUGAGCAGAAUCCCACCAGGAUAAUCUAGAAUGAUAACAGACGACAUCAAAUGCAAGACUGUUGUCCUGUUUAAUACUGAGAAUGAUGCAAAUCUGUGUGCAACAAAAGAAUGUAAAGUGUUAAUAUUAGCUGACUGCUUCUUGCUACAUUUGAUUGAGCUGCAUUCAGAAUGUAAAAAUACAAAGAAUUUAGUAUGUAUAUAUGCUGUGCAUUUAGGGAAAAAGUACUAACCGGUCAGUUUUUUCGAAUUGCAGUUGUUUUAUAAAAUUUUUUUUGUAAAACUCUGACAAAAUGGUCUACUUUUGCUUUUUUGUUGUUGUUGUUGUUGUUACUGAGAUGCUCAAAAUGUCUUUGGUUUUAAUAAAAAAGUGGAAAAAACUGAGUGUAUGUGCUC